AUGGAGGAUGAAGAAGAAGAGGAAGAAGAAGAAGAAGAGAAGGGCUCCCGUCGUCGCAAUGGCAAACAGGCUUCGUGCGAGCUCUGCCGCCGUCACAAGGUCCGCUGCGACCACGCUCUGCCCGUCUGCAACCGCUGCAAGGCGCGCGGAGUGUCGAGCCAGUGUUUCUAUCACCCUGCACCUCUGACUCGACCAAAGGGGCGGCGCAUUUUCCCCUUGGCAGAAGGGGUAUCUUUUGACAGAGCCAGGAGCACUGGACCCAGUGAAUCUUCAUCACAAUCCAACACACCUGGGGCCGCUGACCAUGUCUCGCCGUCACGGCACAAGCCUCUGCUGCCAGGCUACUUCGGCCCGACAAGUUUUGUCUCUUCUCUGACCGACGAUGUGGACCUGUCCUCCAACAGCCAAGGAUUGGAGGUAGAGACGGGGCAGCGAGUGUUACCCCCAUAUUGGGUGCAAAAGAUCUCAGAAGUGUUACUCGCGCUGGGAGAUUUCUCAACGAUCGAGCAACUGAUUCGAGAAUACUAUGAACGGAGUCAAAGUGCCGUCAUAGCAUCGCCAUUUAUUUUUAAUAGCCUCGCCUCUGUCAAGGCGAUAUGCAAGGAACGGAUCGCCAGUCGCGACUUUGAUGACUUUACGUCUUCGUUAACUGUGCGCAUCAUCCAGAACACGGCGGAGAUACUUGACAUUCCGCUCACGACUCGAGGUGCCGACUUUCACACACUUUUCACGGGACCACGGAUUCGUCUAGAGAUCAUCGGUGUCAUUUGCGCUAUCGCAGGCCGAGCUUGCUACUUUUGGCUUGCUCAAGAGAAAUUUGAUUCACAGACUUCUCGUUCUCAGUUUACACGGAAGAUGCUUGCAGCUAGCGACGCUGCACUGCAGACGUGCAAGAUUUUAACGCCUCUGAAUGAUCUCACAAUUUGGCUUGUCCAUGAGAACCUGCUACUGUCCCAUGGGGUAAACGGGGCAUCAAGUCCACAUGUAUGGAGCCGACUCGGAGAGCUCUCGACUGAUAUCUUCGCAUUGGGCUUGCACCGAGAGCCAAAGGCCUCAAACGAGAUCCCAGAGUUCAUGUUGGAAUCCCGUCGACGACAGUUCGCGGCAGCAUACCAACUAGACAAAAACCUUGCCACGUUCCUUGGUCGCCCUCCUCGAAUUCCUUGCCGAUACUCCGAUUGUCGAAUGCCCCUUGAUAUCGGCGACGAAGCACUGACGGCCAACGAUCUGAGCCUUGACAGCCCACAGGAUGGUAUUGAUUCCACGGGUUGGAAUAUAAACGGUCUAUUCCAGCGGUCAUCGUGGCUGCGAGUGCGUUUCAUCGUCAGCACGUUCCGCGACGAGAUUCUUGGGGUCUCUCUCCAGGACAUGACUCCAUCAACUGCCAGUCUUCUAAAGGAUAUCUCCCAUCGAUGCCAUUCCGCUUGGGAGUCACUCCCUAUUCACCUGCGAUACAACCCGCAGUGUUGGGACAACGGUCUUCCAGUAGCAGUUUGCUUGAUGCAGAUAUUUUCAUACCUGGCGUACCUCUGCAACGACUUCCUCAUCCAACGACUUCUCGUCGAAAAGAAUAACCCUAGGGGAAACGCCGCGCUUCUAUCUGUCAGCUCAGAGAUUCUAUCUACCGUCCUAAGACUAGGCACGCAGCGUGAAUACAUGGUCGACCUUCGUCCGGACUUUACAUUGACGAUAUUACUCUACGGCUUCUCCAGCGCCAGCAUCCUAAUCAAAGCUCUACAACACCACAAACGCAGCGGCGAACCAUUCCUCUACGAAGGCUCUCGCUCAGCCCUCAUUCGCAAUCUGAGCGUCUUCAUCGCUCACCUCGAGUCGAUUGCACGCCCAGAUAGUGCAGACUACGCCCUCUUCCAGCGUGCCAGCCAGGCUUUUUCGAAAAUCAUUGAUGAGAUUCUUGAGCCUGAUUCUGUGGCUCUAAAUGCGGAGCUUGGGGAGGUGUCGCUGUUUGACUAUGAUCAGAUGAUUAAUGUGGAUGGGUUGGAUUGGUUUAAUACGAUGGAUUUUGGGUUUGCUUUCAAUCAGUGGCUGAUUUGA